CACGCGCACCGCGCCGGCAUCGCGGUCACGGGCACCCCUCUCGCCUUCACCCUCUCCUCGCCCUCGCCCCACCCCGCAGCCCCUCCUCCCCUUCCCCCUACCGGCCAUUGCCUAGGAGUCUAGGACAGGACCACCUGGUGCGCAAACCUUAUCCGAAUCGCCGUCGCAUGGAGGCCGUGCGCGCGUCGGCGGCGUGGGUCGCCAGUCGCUCCUCCCAUGUCACGGUUGACCUGCAAGAAAUUGAGAAGGUAGUGGACCAAAUCAAGGGAGAUGUUCCAAAAGUUGAGUGGGAUUUCGAAGGAAUCCACUACUUUGACAAUGGGCCACUUACAGUCCAGUACCUUUUCGUCUUGGAUGCACUUAACUUCUGCUUCUGGCCAGAUAAGGACUUGAGCUAUGACCAUUUGGCUUCUGGACUGAAGUUAGCCUUGGAGAAAGACAAAAAUGCCCUUGAUUCAGAUCGUCUUCAGAAUUACACUGGCCCCCAGCUCCGCCAACUUCUGAACUGGCCACGACCACUGCCAAUUGAGGAGGAAAGAGUACGCCUUCUCCAUGAGGUUGGACUGGAACUGGAAAGAAGCUUUGGAGGCCAGGCUGCUAGUCUAGUGAAGUCUGCUGGAAACUCUGCUGCAACUCUUAUCGAACUGAUUACUCGACAUUUUCCUGGUUUCCGGGAUCAUUCCCUUUACAAGGGACACCAGGUUUUUUUGUACAAGAGAGCUCAGAUCUUUGUUGCUGAUUUGUGGGGCGCCUUCAAGGGACAAAACUAUGGCGAGUUCCACGACAUCAAUUCCAUCACCAUAUUUGCUGACUACAUUGUUCCAGCCGUGCUGAGGGAGCUUGGCAUACUCAAAUAUGGCUCGAAUCUAUCUUGCUCGAUCGAUUCGAAUAGUGAGAUAGUGCCUGGAAGCGAGGAGGAAGUGGAGAUACGCGCGUGCUCCAUCUAUGCAGUGGAGAAGAUGAGGGAUCUGAUUGGCAAAAAGUUUGGAAAGCAGCUUCUGAGCAUUGACAUUGAUCUCUGGCUCUGGUCCUGCGGCGUGCAGAACAUGGCGCUGUCACAUCACCGCACCCUGUCGAUUUACUACUAGACAGUCAGGCAGGCAGCCGCAACCUCGGUCCCUGACCGGCUGACCCUGCUGGUGCGCGUAUUCAGCUGGCCAAGCGUUGUCGUGGCUUGUUCGUCUUAAGCAUAACCGGGUAUAGGUGUCCAGAGUUUUGUCUCCUUGGCAGUGCACAAAAGUGCAAGGUAUUGUAGGUCCGUCGCAUGAGGAUGCAUGGUGUGAUUUUGAGACUUGAACAGCUGCAGUUUUCACAUGAAUUUUAUCCGUAGGGACAAGGGAGUGAAUGUUUGUUAUCUCCAGGAUUGAUCUUGUUCGAUGCGUUUCCUUUAUACUGUAGAACGGCUUUCAGUUACCGCUCCAACUCUUGCUGAAUUUGAGUAUAAGCCCACUACAAGCAAUAUAGUAUACACUUUUUUGAGUGUUUCAAAA